UAAUUUUACACGCUUUAAAAACGUCGUUCAUUUCUGAUUUUGUACCAACACGGUGCAUUCUGGGAACGGAAAUAAACCGCGUUAUUCUUCCGCUUUAAAGGUACUCAUCAUUCGUUUAUCGCUCUCUUCAAAUAAAUCGACAUUAUCCCUGGGUUGCUUUCAUCAGAAGAUUUGAGCAGCGAUAAAAGUGGUGAGGUCGAACAAGCAAGCGGAAUGGCAUUCCGGUCAGUGACAAGUGAAAUGCGGUAAAUGUUGCCACAAAAUUGAUGUCCCACCACACCAGCCACAACCUCAUAGCCACUUGCCACAUCUGCAACACCACCUUCCAACGCAUGUCGGCGCUUUCUUCACACUUGGACAAUGCAGACAAUCCGACGGUGUGCUGGAAUUGCUCUCAGUGUUUUAGUAACGUGUGGGAGCUGAACAAGCAUGAGGAACACUGCUUGAGCUCAGCAGACGAAAGUAGUGACCUAGCGUCGAACGUGGAGCUGCGGUUGAGCCCGAGCCCGGGGACAUCUGGAAACCGCGUGGACUAUGAACUGGGAAGACCGCUUGACUCUGAUGACGUGAGCACGGAUGAGUCAACAAACGAUUCUUCUGAUGAUGAUGAUGAUGAUAGUGAGUUUGACCCCAAAGCGGCUCAAGUUGAUCUCAGUGACACAGAAUCAGAUGAGGAAUCAAACUCAAGCACGACGAAUCCCGCUGGUCUUGAACAUAUUGCCAGUCGUGGCAACCUUAUCCUCCCCGUUAACACGAACGCCAUCUGCAAAGACUGUGGCCGAGGCCCCUUCAGUUCCAUCAAGCUACAUCUGCGCUACUGCACUGGUUACCCGGGGAGAUUAUUUCAGUCCUCUUGUUGCAAAGCUUUCUUUCCCAGUCAGGAGGCGCUCAAGGACCACUGCCUCAUCUUAUACGCCUGUGAAGUUUGCGGUCAGGUGUUCAAUAAGUGGGUCUCGCACCAUCACCACCAGCCUACCAACAAACCCCGUCUGAGGGUGGUUUCCUUCUGCCCCGAAUCAAUGCCCAAAACGUGCACCAUAUGCAAGUCGUUUUUUCUCAACGAAAAGUUCUUUUUGGCCCACGUCACCCGGGUUCACACGUCAGUGGUCAGCACCAAGUUGUGCAUCAUCAACAAACCGUCGGGCUUGACUGACAAGAAGUUGCCGGCUAAUGUGGCCACAAAGUUAAUUCCCAAGUCCGUCAUCAAGACCGAGCAGGACGAUGAGUUCUCGAUCAAUGCGGCCGCAAAGAUUACGCCCAAUCCUUUCAUCAAGACCGAGCAGGACGAUGGGUUGUCGGCUAAUGCGGCCGCAAAGAUUACGCCCAAGACUGAGCAGGACGAUGAGUUAUCGGCUAAUCCGGCCGCAAAGAUUACUCCCGAGUUUGUCAUCAAGACCGAGCAGGACGAUGGGUUGUCGGCUAAUCCGGCCGUAAAGAUCACUCCCAAGCCUGUCAUCAAGACCGAGCAGGACGAUCGUUGUUUGGCUGAUGUGGCCACAAAUACGUCCAAGACUGUCAUCAAGACCGAGCAGGACGAUGGGUUUUUGGCUAUUGCGGCCGCAAAGAUUACUUCCGAGACUUUCAUCAAGACUGAGCAGGACGAUGGGUUUUUGGCUAAUGUGGCCGCAAAGAUCACUUCCGAGACUGUCAUCAAGACUGAGCAGGACGAUCGUUGUUUGGCUAAUGUGGCCACAAAUACGUCCAAGACUGUCAUCGAGACCCAGCAGGACGAUGGGUUUUUGGCUAAUGUGGCCGCAGAGAUUACGUCCAAGGCUGUCAUCAAGACUCAGCAGGUCUUGAAUGCACAGCACCUUUUGGACCAUACGUAUUCUUAUGCGGAGCGCCCUGAUUUAGCAUGCUCAGCUCCACUACCCACCAUCGUGGCCUUGUUGGAGAAUCAAAGGCAGGUCUUGACAAAGCGAACAAACACAAGAGCGCAGCGCACCUGCCGACAGUGCGGCACCGUCUUACGGCAGCCCUACCUUGCCGUUAGCCACCGCUACCUCCACCGGGGCAGCCGCUCGCACCGGUGCCAUUGCGGCCGGGCCUUCAAGCACCGUCUGCACCUCCUGCGCCACCGAGUGCAGCACGCCGAGGCCGAAAGUUACAUCUGCGUCAACUGCGGAAACACAUUCACCGGAGCGAGACGCUUAGCCGAGCACCUGAGAGGAAAUACAUGGAAAACCAAAAAAUGCCGGACAAAGUGCAAUGUGCCCCUUGCAUGCAGCUGUGGACAUUUCUUUUAUAGAGCAUCUGCCUACAUAUGGCAUCAAAUUAAAAACAAUGUGAAAACCAGGAAUUUGUAAAUGACAAUCAGGGCGUCUCACUUGCCACAAUUUUUUGUAAAGUAUCAGUGAUGAAGCUCAAUCCCGCACAUGACAACGUUCAAUUCCAAAAUGUCCCGGAGAGUUUUAAUGAUGUGCAAAUUUCAAUUUAUUUUGAAAAGAACAGAGUACAAGAAAUGUCACUCAUUUCAGGAAUACAUAAGAAAAAAGUCUCCAGUUUAUCCUCCCUUUGUCCAGUUGUGUGAGAUUUGCAAAGUACUUCUCUUCCAAUGAGAUAUUUGUUUUUGGAUUGAUUGUUUGAAUGGGAGAUGUACAGUGAACUUCCGCUAUUAGGGCAGGGGGAAAGAAACUCUUCUUUGCCAUGAAUAGAGAAAGUCUGCGAUUAAUUCCUCCCCCUACAAUUUUUUUUUUUUUUUUUAUAUAAUGGAGGAGAGAUGCCACAACGUGGUAGCAUUAAUAUGGACAAAUUGUAAUGGCAAACUAAGUUCGUCACUGCAUUAUGAGAGGAAAAAAACUUUUUCAGUUUCACUUUUGACAGUUCACAAGAUGCAUUUAACAUUGGCCAACAUAACAGGACAUCUCAAAUGUUAAGAAAACAGUUUCCCUUAAAGCACAAAAACAGCAACUAGCCAAAGUUCUCAGCAAAUAGCUGAAUAGUAGAUUCCAAAGAAAUUUGCAAAUUUGAGAAUGUUGAUUGCAAAUGUGCAGGGGUUCACUGUAUGUCUAAUAUUGUGUGGUUCCAUUUCUCAACUGUGUUUUGAUGAUUUAGGAUAUUUUGAAGGAACUAAUGACGACGUAAUCACUGAUGUACGCAAUCUACUCAAUGUCCGCUAGAGGGCGCACUUCGUCCAUCUUGCACCCCGUUGUCAAUUCCCCACACAAACUAGAUCUUCAUCCCAUCAUGACCGUCUUCCAUUUGAGAUGAACAUGCUAAGAUGUUAAACAAUUUAAAAUAAACUUGUCUUUGAAUGCAA